ACCAUUCUCAGUUCAACACAGAACCGCGCUCUGAAUUUGAAUUAUCCAUUGCAGAGAGAUAUCUGAGUCACGAAAAUGACGACAAGAUGGAGCAUGGAAAGUGUUUUUUCUGGCAAAGUAAUAUCGACAUAACUCUGCGUCUGUAUAGCAUGUUUUUAUUCGUUACUACGGAAACUACUCUUUCGGAGAUUUUCAGUGCAUUUCGUGCAGAGAGCAAGUCGUAGCAAACAAACAUCAAAUAUCAUCUUUCUCAUUCACGAAGUGUUGGGAUAGGUCGCACGAUAAUGGCCCAGACAUUCUAUGUUCGGAAUCCUUAUCCCGUGCCGGAUAUCUCCCGCGAAGGAGCAUGGAUAUCACGCGGGCCCGUGCUGGGAGAUAAAGUCUCACCGUCGGAUAGAGACUGGAACGUCAAACUGAGCGUUCACGAGCGCCUCUUCGCUCAUCACACCCUGAACAGCAUCCGCAGGGAUCGUCGACUCGUCAGACCGCAGGUACCGCGCGACGCUCUCGAUCUAGCACUAAACAGCGUUUAUGCUCACAGUCGGGACACCCUAGUACCGAAGAUGUACGUACCGAUUCAGCCGGAAACCCUCGGCAGAGAGACUUGGCGUGUCUUGCGAAACGAGAUCAAGAUUAUACCGGAACCACCUAAGCCAGAUAGACCGAUGCACGUGAGCGGUCAUCCGGACGAGGAACUUAAAUCGGUGGUACGGGCACCUUUAUCGGCGGAUAAAUCGAGGUGUCAUAGCGGGCCAACUUUGCCGCGGAGAAUUCAUCCGAGCAGUGUGAAAUUAAAUAUCGAGGGCCCUCAUAUGGACCAAUCGAAUCCUGGAUACAGUCGCAAAAUCGACGGAACUUUUUACAGUAUUUAAACAUGGAUUUGGCUGGUGUUUGAGCGGCACGCUUGGAGAACGUUCGGAUUAAGCUGAAACCUGCAAUUCGCCGAAUGAAGCUCCCGCUUUUACAAAUACCAUUAUCGCUAUUGGCAUAAUCUGGCGAGAUUUACGUUUUAGAACAGCCCGAGAAGCAGCGAAUCGUCAGCGUCACUGUAACUGCAGAAACCGAUUGUAUUAGAGGACUUUUGUACAUCCCGAAGACGCGUGAUAUAAUUUAUAUAAUUAGUCGCGUCAAUCGUCGCCGUUACUUUGCAGCGUGUAACAAAAAUAUCUGAUUAUUCUAUCUACCCAUGCUAAUCUGAUCAUGUUGACAAAUUCAUCCGAUUGGCUCACGAGCUUGCCUUGGCUAUCGCGAUCAGAAAUCUCCCGCACGCAUUUUCGCCCCUUUGACAAUUCGAGGCGCAGGCGGCCCGAAGAUCGGCGGCCAAAACGUGAGUCAGAGUGCGCACCGAGUUCUCACUGCUCGACUCGGCAGCGAGCUGAAGGGACAGAAUGUCCCAUUACCCGGGUAAUCCUUGUUUGUAAUAAACCAGCGCCCCGCUGCCAGCCCCGGGGUGACAGUGGAGCCACCCUCGCCGAGGGCUUGCGCGAAGGAGGAGUCAUCUCCGCACGCAUAUGCUCCUCAUGAAAUAUCAUUUAUGUUUCUCACCCCGCGCGCAAACGUCUAUCUUGCGACCCGUUUGACCCGGCUUGCAACCCUCCUCGCCAGGCAGCGGAGUAGGCAGCACGAUCCUUAUACAUACGUCUAAUCCGGCUAUGAUUGCCCCGCCGACCGCCUCGUCACGAAAACUCCAUCUCGGCUAUGAGAUGUAGUACACUACCCUUCCUCUGCCUGACCCCAUUCUCCGAGCUCCUUUAAAACGUUUUUUGACGAACCUUGCAACUGCGCAAAGUGAUAAAUUUUUGCGCGUUUCCUCCAUCAUUUUUGUAUUAAAAGUUAACAGCAUUUUUCCCCUAUUCCACACAGCGCAAACAUUGCACAAAUAUUUUAUCAAAACAUUACACUAUAACAUAAUAAUAUUUCAUUUAUACAUUAUAUCAAUAUAUUUUAGCAUGUACAACUUUUAGGAAUUAUAUAUGUCUCUGAAUUCAUUUUUACACGGAAUAAAAAAUUUUUUUCUGUCAAAAUACAUCACAUUUACUUUCGCCUUUAAAUUUAAUUUAAAAAACUUAUCCUUUCAAGAAGGAAUUACUUCAUUAGAAUGACAGAGAAAAAUCUCAUAAUGCUGCGCCUUUUAUUUUUGUGUGGUUUUUUAAUUACAAGAAGUAGAACUCUGUCGCGUCCAUCACCAAGUAGUCGUAAACGCGUUCGCGGAUGAAACGUAAGAUUAUUUUUCACAAUAUUUCUAAAACAGUUAUUUAACAGUUCUAAAAUAAUAUUACAAGAAAAUCUUCACAACGUCUCUAUAUUAUUUUGCAAUGCAAAAUAUGAAAUGUUGCAACGUGUAUUGUAAGAAUGUUGUUGCAAGUUUUUGUGCUGUCCAUACGUGAAUAUGUCAUGGUUAUUAAUCGUAAACUCAGUGGUGCCGAUGAUAAUAAUUUUUCUGUAGAUUACGUUGCGGCGCAUGUCUAUUGACACGGAUCCUUUUUCUUCCCCAGUACAAAAGCGGAGAGAGUCACCAGGGCUAUAAGGGUAGAACGAUCUCAGACGGUCGUCAGGCAACGAACGAGGUUACCAGCCAAUUACUUGACUGAACGGUUUUAUUUGUAUUUAAUUCUUAUUUAAUUUACUUUUUAUGGCCGCGCGCGCACGACCAUGUAGUUUAGCCGUCGCCAUUAAAGAAAUGGAAGGCUUCUUCGUCAUUGCAAAUUAACGGCCAGUCGCGGUCCCCUGUCGAAUGCAAUCAAUGUAGGUAAAAAUGCUAUCCACUGCAGAACUUAGUAUUCGAUAAUGGAAAUUUGCACUUGACAAAAAUGUUAAACAUUUAACUAUACAAAGAUGAACACUUAUUCUACAAAAAAGUUAAUCGGACAGACAAAAUAAUCGUAUAAGAAUUAAUAUAAUCAGAUCAAAUCGGGUCUCAAAUGACGAAAACACUAUUAAUAUUAAUCGAUGACAUAUAAUGC